UGUGAGGUUUUGCACCCGCGCAUGUGCGCUGCGGGCUGAGGCGCGUCGGCGGCUGCGUACGGCGGCCGAGGAGGGCCGCGCCGCGCCGCUCAGCCCAGUGCCCUUUGUCAGGCGGGAGGAGGCCGGCAGUGAGUGGCGCGGACCGAGGUGGGUCGUGAGGCGAGCCGAGAGCCGUUGUGCGUCCGGGAUCUCUCCCAGCACCAGCGCCCGGUUGCUGGGUCCUCACCGGGGCAGGACUCGCUGAAAGGCUGAGGAGCGGGAUUCACCUGACCGGCUGGGCCUGUUGUGGGACUGUCUUAUAUAACAGGACAAGGAGGCAGUUUAUCCCAUUCGAGUAAAAUGGGGUCGAAACAGAUUGCCCAGGAAACAUUUGAUGAUGCAGUGCAAGAAAACAUUAUAGAGUUUGAAAUGGAUCCUGAAGAGGCUGUGAGAGAAGCUGUGCAGCAGUUUGAGUCCCAAGGUGUAGACCUGAGCAAUAUUGUGAAAGCUGUGCGACAGCCUGCCUCUGAAAAUGGGCAAAAGCAGAAGCAUGAAAUUUUGCUGACUUUAGAUUCCCUUGGGAGAGCAGUUGCAGCCUCAGAUCUUGCUGAGAUGGCCGAGCAGCUGGUGAUCUUCACUGAGCAGUGCAAAGAACAGCUGGCUUUCCGCUACCUGGCCGGGCAGAACGGUGCCUAUUCUGUUGUAUUCUCAGCCUGCCAGUUGGCUUCAGGAGACAGAAAUUUAAUGCUGAAAGCCUUUUAUACUCUCUCUGCCAUCUUGGAUGGACAACCAGACCUACUUGACUCCGCUGGCCAGGAUCUACUGCUACAAACUCUGUCAGAGUACCGGGAGGACGCGGAGGUGACGCUGGCCGGGAUCCGCUGCGUUCGCCACGCCUGCCUCAAGCACGAGCAGAAUCGACAGGACUUUGUGAAAGGAGGAGUUCUGCCCCUUCUCACUGGAGCCAUCAUCCAGCACAGAGACAGUGCUGAUGUUGUCCGAACGGCCUCCUCAGCGCUCAGGAUCAUGACGUUUGACGAUGACAUCCGUGUGCCCUUUGGUCACGCUCAUGAUCACGCCAAAAUGAUCGUGUUGGAGAAUGAUGGGUUAAGAGUCCUCAUCGAAGCUGCAAAAGCGUUCCCGGAUAACUCCAGUGUUCUCAGUGAACUGUGUGCCACCCUUUCUCGCCUCUCUGUCAGGAAUGAAUUCUGUCAAGAAAUUGUGGACUUGGGAGGCUUAAAUUUUAUGAUGACUCUCCUGGCUGACUGCAUUGACCAUCCAGAUGUGGUGAAGCAGGUGCUGAGUGCCAUCCGAGCCAUUGCAGGUAACGACGAUGUGAAAGAUGCCAUCGUUAAUGCUGGGGGAACAGACCUCAUCGUGCUCGCUGUCAGCCAUCACCUUUCCAACCCUCAGAUCUGUGAGCAGGGCUGUGCAGCCUUGUGCAUGUUGGCUUUACGCAAACCCGAGAACUGUCAUGUCAUCAUGGAAGGUGGAGGGGCGUUGGCAGCUCUUCAGGCUAUGAAAGCACACCCACGAGAGGUGGCUGUACAGAAACAGGCUUGCAUGCUGAUCCGAAACCUGGUCUCCAGGAGCCGGGACUUUUCUCAGCCCAUCUUAGAGAUGGGAGCUGAGAACCUCAUCACAGAGGCUCGUGCAGCACACAGGGACUGCGAUGACGUGGCCAAAGCUGCGCUGAGGGAUCUGGGCUGCAAAGUGGAGCUCCGAGAGCUGUGGACAGGUCAGAAGGGAAGCCUAGCUCAGUGAUUCCUCACUCUGCUGAGCAGUGGGAGCUUCAAGACAUCUACAUGUGUGAAGUCUAAGGGGGAGAAACAAUGUGGCAUGGAUUAAUUUGCAGUUACAUUGAACUGGAAUAUCUGAAGCAAAUGCCUGGCUUGUGGGACUGCAGUGAACUUUUUCUUGGGAGCUACAGCUGAAAUGGCUUUAUGCAUUCACAGGCUGCAAGUCAACUUGGUGUAGUAACCAUUCCUCAAAUCAUCUAAUGCCUGAAGAUGAUCUGCUCCCCCCUCUUAUGUCUGUUCCUUGUGUGCUGCACAGGGCUGCUCCUGCCUGCUCUGUGCUCAGCAAUGAGGGCAAAAGGGCUUUGUUCUGGUAGGAGUUUGGUAUGUACUGUGGAAGCUGGAUUUGGUGUGUUCCUCUGCUCUCUGCCAGCAGAGGCUGGUAAUGGGCUGGGUGGGGAGGAAUCCCAUCAUUUGUGAAUGUGUUUUGUCCUGUUGUACUGUUCUGCUGUUAUUUUACUGCUGACCAUCUUCAUUGCUGCUUUGAUUUGGAUUUUAAACCAACAUAACAUUUUCAACAUCAUAAGGGUGUGGGAUAGGAUGGCCCAAAGCCAUGUAACUUAUGAUGCUGCCCUUUGCAUCCAAGAGAAAAGCUCAUGUUCACUUCCAGUGAGAUGGGCAAGUCAGGGACUGGUAGCAAGGGUGGCAGUUUCAGAGCAGGGAUGAUCUGGCAGUGGUACCACGCAGCAGGAAGCCAGCACUGGGGUGUCCAGGCUUUGCUUGUCUCUCAGUGAGGUGAUGCUUCCCUGAAUCCAAGAGCACUGUAAUGGAGAAGGAGAGGCCAUGUGCCUCAGCCUGAGGACAACUGGGGACAUGGGGGCAAAGCAGAGGCAGUCAAACAUCCAGAAAGGCUCUGAGGUCUCAGCUAAAGGCUUCUUGCUGAGCAGUGCUGUUACCAGCCCUGCUCUGGUGCUGAACCUUCCUCCUGUGCUGCUACUGGUGUUGUACUUGAGUGAGUGUUUUCUCAUGUGAUAAAUUCACUGUACAAGUGUUACCUCUAUAAAACAUAACCAUGUA